UCCCAUAUGACCAGGUGACAAUAUGUUUUUAAAAUGUAUAUGUUUUAUUACCAGACCAAUCUAACUUGUCUGUUCUUUGUUGUGUAGGGCCUCCUUUCGAUGCCAGAUUAUCAUUCUUAGUCACUGUUUUCUACUCAGUGAUAUAUCUGAUAAGACUGUACACAGAGCUAAUGUGGUACAUGCUCUCUGAUGCGCUGAGAAAUUCCGCUCUGCAACUUUCCGACGAUUACAAAGAAGACUUGAGACAGGAGGAAAGCUGCAUUGACCGAGCUCACUAUGAGUACUUAUGGGUGAAAUUGGCCAAGCUGCAAAGUCGUCUAACAUUGACAUUCUCCAGCAUCUACGGCUAUCAGUUGGCCAUCAAUUUUCUACAGUUACUUUUCCAUGGGUUUGUCUUCUACGAGUUUAUUUUUCGCUACAUGACCAUCGAGAUCUUAUUGAAGGUUCUCCGAGACUCGAAAGAGAGGUCACAGUUCACCGACCUUGUCCUGGGACUACAUGGCCAGACGACGAUAUGCCUGGUGUACCUCUGGCUUGGCUCAACCACAGCUGGAUCAGCACAAAAAGCUUUGGUUGAUAACACCAAAAAGAAAAUGUUGGGAAUUCUAUCUGACAAUGCACUAAGUGAUAUUACUCUUCAUGAACAGGGAAAGCGGUUUCUGAAAAAAAUAUCAAUCACCAAUACGCAAAUAAUAUUUAGUGGCUAUGGCAGGAUUGACAGACAAUUAUUUUGUUCGAUCCUCAUCACAUGGAUCAACUACAUGAUUAUUCUCUUACAAUUCAAAAUUUCAUUUUAUGGAGAAGACAAGGACAGUAAUAUGGACGGAGCAAGCAGAAAUAAGAGAUCCAUCUCACAUGUGGAUUUGGUUCAGUAUCAAAACUACGUCACAACUUUUGGAUUUUGAAAACAUGAAAAUGAGGCAGAUUACGAUUUGUAUCGCACUGUAUUCUUCAUUAAAUUUAUGACAGGAAAUUUCUCUUUGUAGUGAGGUUCAAGCCAUAUCAAUCAACUGAUAAAAUCACUUGUAUGAGCUACUUUAUUCAUAUUAAUAAAAACAAUAUAAAAACAUGUAUUAUAUUUCAACUUGAAAAUGACCAAAGUAGGUCGAAACUAGUCGUUGAAAUGUUUUGAAUUUUUAAAAUGUUUUCAAUAAAAAAGGUACUACAUGUUUUAUAUUGUGUUUAUCAAUCAACUGAUGUAUUUUGUGAUGUCAGUUGAUGAUUCAAUUAUCGUUCAUUUGCAUUAAAACAUUACAGAAACCUUUCUCUUUAAGGCUGUGCAAAGGCUAAAAAUAAACUUUCUACUCGUGAUAUUUAUCAA